AGCAACAGUUUCCGUGUUUACAUGUCAUGGCGGACUUGGAUGAAAAAUUAAUGAGAACAAUGAUUUUGGCGUAAUAAAGAGUUUCUUGCACGCGACAAUCAAACAGAUCAAAAAUGAGUGAUCCUGGGGCGGGGGAGAGGGGGGAAGGGUCCCCUGACGUGCUUGAGUAUGCGGCCCCUAUUUCUGCCCAGCCCCCUAAAGUUGUCCACCAGGAGGAGAGCCAGGUUGAGGUCUCAGCCAGCCCCGCCUUCCAGAGUCUUGAUGAGCUAUUUCACGAAGGAAAGCUCACAGGAACAAAGGUGGCCUAUCUAAAAGCAAAAUACACAGAGCUUCAUGAGAUGCUCAAAAGCACUCGUGACAGUGAAGCCAGUUUACUUAAGCAGGCUAAGGAGUGUGCGGCAGAGUUGGAACGUCAACGCUCUGAGCUUGAAAGGGCAGAUAACUUCCCUGACAGCUCUAACACAGAAGUCUCAAAGCUCCGACAGCAGCUACUGAAGUACAACAAUGACCUGAAACAGGCACAGGAGAGGCAGUAUCAGCAGGAAUACCAGAUUGAGAUUUCUACAGAGGAAAAGAAACUUAUGGAAAGAGAAUAUGCAAGAAUGCCCAAGGCAGGGGAGAUUGAGAAGAAGAUGAAGGAACUUCAAGCGGCAUGUGAUGACAUGAAGAAGGAGAUUGUGCAGCGUCAACUCGAGACUAAGACAUUACGUGAGGACCUUGACAACUCCACGCGCCAGGUGAAAAAGGACCAGCAGGAAUAUGAGAAGGAACAGGAGAAAAUGGAGAAUCUUAAGGGCGAGCUGGUCCAAGUAAACACAGUUCCAAACCAAAUUGCAAAAGAGGCAGACAAAAUCAACAGAAAGAAUAAUGAGCUGGUGACCCAACUGCAAGAAUAUGAGAAGGAGUUCCAGGACAUGGUUGCACAGAAGCGCAAUGUUGAAAACAAGCUACGUGGGCUGGAGGAAGAGAAAUAUGACAUGGACAACGAGGUGGAGAAACAGAAACAAGCACUCAAUGAUAAGGAUAGAGAGAUGGAGGUGUUACAGAAGGAUUAUGAGUACGCCAAAGACCGGGAGGCGGUGCUUAUGGGAGACAGGGCGACCUUAGAUUUGAACCUACGACACAUACACCUAGAAAAGAAGAAUGCCCACGAUAUCCAUUCAAGAAAAAUGCGAGAAAAAGAUCGCGACCUCAGAAAUAUGAAGAAAGCAGAACUUCAGCUUAGAGUGGCAGAAGAAAAUCUCAAUCAUAAUAAAUUGAUUUAUGAGAAAAUGAAAUCUCAGGUUGACUCACUGCCAAAGGAUGAUGGGACUGCCAUAAAGAAGCGGGAAGAACUGCAGAAGGAGGUUGAACAGACAAAGAGGGCUCUCGCUCAACAGAACUCUCUGACUGCUGUGGAGCAUGUAAAACUGGAGGCUAGCGCAGCUGAAGAACAGAAUCUGUUGUAUGAACAAUCUGACCUCCGUAUUGAGGUGGUUGAACUCACCAGACUUGCUGCUAUCAAGGCUGAUGAGCGUGAACAGAAGGCUCGUGACUUUAUGCGUGCAGAGAUGCGUUACCACAAGGCCGUAGAGGACCUGAAAACGAAACAGCUCCUCAUACAGGACCAUGAGAAAAAACACAAAGAAAUGCAGAUCAAGUUGAAGGACUUUGCUAAGCUGUAUGAUGUUAUAAAGAAUGAGCGAAACAAGUGUGUGAACCUAAUCCAGACAAGUACUCAGAAGGCUGCUGAGAUGAGGGAGAAAAUCAAGAUCCUGCAGAACGAGAUUGAAAUCCUACGCACUGCAGUCACACAAAAAGAUAGAUACUUACAAAAACAGAGGUUGAAACACAUGAACAGCGUUGUUAUGAGAGACAGUUUACGGAAUGAGGUUGCAAAGCAACAGAGAAUAGAAGAAGAAAUGCAUGACAAGCGAGAUCAGCAGAAGAUGGACAUCGGGAAGCUCAACAUGAUGAUCAACUCGGCCGAAGAACAGAUGACGAAGCUAAGAAACCGAUAUGAGAAGGCCAUUACUCACAGAAAUGAAAGGGGCAUUAAAUUGAUAGAACGGAAUGAAGAGGUCUGCAUUUUCUAUGAAAAGGUCAACAUUCAAGACCAGAUGAUCCGUAAUGGCUCAGUAGAACUACAGGCUCGUGAGGAAGAGAUCCGCUUCAUUAAGAUGCAGCAGAAUGAGGAGAAUCGAUCCAUCGCCGUCCUCCGUGCUCAGCUGCCCAACAAGACAAGCCUAGAACAGGAUCUAGUCACACUACAAAUACAGCUGCAGCAGUGCCAGGACCGAAUGUUGGAGCUGGAGAAACAGCUGGAAAACCCGUAUGACGAGAGUCGUGUCAGAUAUCUCGAGGGUAAAGACCUACCGCCUGCUGAGAUGCACGAGAAAAUUGAAGAUUUGGAGACUCGGCUGUCAGAGAAGGAGGAGCAGUUACUGGAGAAGGACCUUGUGUUUGAGCAAGUCACACGGCUGGUGGGUCGGGUACGGAACAGGGCGGAGACUGGCAAAGACGAUACAUUAGACCUCGCAAAGAAGGUAAAUGAGCUUCAAGCCCGGAUCAAGGACACAACCCGUAAGAUGAUGGCAAUGGUUUCGGAGGUCUCAAUGAACCAGGCAAAUGCUAUGAAGCUCCAACAGUCGCUGAAGGAGCGAGAGUCAGACCUUGAACAGUGCUACAUCCGCAUGGAAAAGGGCGAACCACCGAGUGAAGAGAUCGAGAGGUUGUGGCUGAAGUUGCUCCGUGAUGAAGAGAGGCGAAUCUUUGAUCAGGAGGAGAAGAGACUGAUAGAGGAAGAGGAGGAGCAGUACCAGAUAGCUGGUGGGGUAACGACGACUGCCGAGCCCCGACCCAAUGCCUACAUCCCUGAUGAUGACAGCGAGCUUCCUAUCCCGCGCCCGUAUGGCAAACAUGCCCCCUUCAAGCCCAACGAGCAGGGCUCAACCAUGCGGCAUAUCAGGAAACCUGUGCCUAAGCCCAUUGAGAUAUAGGCUUGCCAGACUUGUGUGAAUGGAGGUUCAAUUGUGACAGUGGAAAUACAAGUGUGUGUGGUACAUUGUAUAAUUCACUGAAAUUCAUGGUGCAUGGUGCAACUGUGAACGAUGUUUAAAUGGAGAAAAAAAGGAAAACUUUCAAUUUAUGGUGUUCUUUUUGCAUUAAAGAAACAAACAAUGUAAUUUCUAUUGUUGUUUUGAAUUCCCUUUAAAUGACAAUUCUGUUGAUAAAUAUUCUUAAAAUACAAAAUUGAAAUAAAGUUUGAACGUUUUUUAUUUAAAUUGAAUAAUAAGCCUUCUGUGAUAAAUUUCAAGUCUAAACAAAUGAAAACAUAUAUGCUUUGUAAGUUAUUUAUUUAGCUUAUGUCAAUGCAGUUGGUACAAAUUAUCGUCAUAUAAUUGUGUUUUUGUUAUUCUAUUUUUAUGAAUAGCAUCUGUUAUAUAUUGUGUAUCAGUGUAUUCAUCUUUGAUUUUCCCAUUAGAAGAUGCAUUUGAGAUGUUUACAUUUCAUUAAUAAAGAACAUUUAAAAUU